CUCCUGCUGCACGCUCCACGAGGUAGAACGGCGAACGUAGACACCAAGACGCAGGACGUAAGCGCGGGGUCAGGCUCGCUCGUGUGGUACCACGGUGGCUGCUCGUCCUCGGAAGGAUAACCGUCAUCCUUCAUCGAGAUUGACCAGUUCAACGGUUCCUGGUUGUGCUGGUGUCGCCGUGAUCCCUGACCAGGCCAGCUGGGACCAGGGUGCCCGGUCUAUCCCGGUAGCCUCGUGAAGCGUCUUCUCUUCUUCGUUCGACACGCCGCAUGGACAAUCGGAGAUCACGGGAUCGUAUCGAUACAUCCGCGGACGACUAUUGUGACGCGACAUCAAUUUCGCCGAACGCGGGAAAGUUCUUAUUCCGGCCCGUUCCGUCAAAGACAGUUUCGAAGAUACACUCGUCAUCCGGCCGCGUGUUUCGAAAUUAGAGAACUGUGCGAUCGAUCCUCUCGCGAAUUCAACCGUCGUCCUCGGCGCCAAACACUUCCUCUUUCACCCGUCGAACCACCACCGCCCCCACCCUUGACAUCACACGCGUCCAGCCACGCGAUCAGCGGGACCAGCGAUCCGGAAGGUUUCGCGCAGCGGUGACCAACGAGCCGGUUAGUCUUAAUGGACACCUGAUCCACGGUGACUGAACAUCUCUCGUCUGGAUGCAUCUGCGAACCGUUGCCGGUAUCGCCCGCGGGUCGUCGUCGCUCGUUCGGGAUCUCGGGGAUGACGUUCAGGGUGCAUCCGCUCGGCUUCGAGGGUAUCUGAUCUGAAAGGAUAACGGUGGUCGGUCGUGUCUGUCGAUUGUACUUGGGUGAAUCGGGGUCGGAAGGAAAUUCGUAGUUUCCAAGUGAGACGAAUCCGGUGGGCCCUUACAUUGUUAUCGCUGCUCGAAGACCGCAGGGAUUUUGAGUUCGAGGGAUAAACUGAGGUGCACGGUGACUGGCGAGAUCGAUCGCGAAGGGGUUAUUCUGUGACGAAGAAGAUCGUGCGGGUAUGAUAAAGCACUGUGAACGGUGCGACGGGCUGCUCGAACGGUGAAGUGUUGCCGGCGUGUUCAGUGAAUACUCAGAGACUUCAACGCGCGGUCAAGCGGUAACCGAGGGAUAUAGGCAGACGACGAACACGACCAUAACGACGCAGCGGCUCCAAUUCGGAAGGAGACGGGGUGUUGAGCAGACGCCUCGUCCAGAUCGACGGGGUGUUGUCCGAAGCGGAGGAGGGUGGCGGAAGACGAGGGUUGGAAGAAGGGUGGCGUGCUAUGAUCAGCAUGGAGCUUCCGGCACACGCGACGCAGCAUGGUGCUCUUCACCUGGGGGUCGGGGUCGCGGUCAACCCAGGUGACCCAGCCGGAAGUGCCCUGACCGCCAUUCAUCCGCAUCCUCAGGACCCCCUGGCACUCCACCAUCAUAAUCACGGAGCUGCAACUCCCGGAGGUAUGCACGAGGACUCCAAGAAAAAACAUGACGGUGGUCACGGAAUGAAUCAGGACGGCCACGGUGGAGUUAACCAGCUCGGCGGCGUCUUCGUGAACGGAAGGCCCCUACCGGAUGUAGUCAGGCAAAGGAUCGUCGAGCUAGCGCACAGUGGCGUCCGACCGUGCGACAUUUCCAGACAACUCAGGGUAUCUCACGGCUGUGUAUCCAAGAUACUGUCGAGGUAUUAUGAAACCGGCAGCUUCAAGGCUGGCGUCAUAGGUGGUUCCAAACCGAAAGUAGCAACACCACCGGUCGUUGAGGCGAUCGCGAACUACAAGAGGGACAAUCCGACAAUGUUUGCUUGGGAGAUUCGGGACAGGCUGCUCGCCGAAGGCAUUUGUUCACAAGACAACGUGCCAUCCGUUUCCUCCAUUAAUCGAAUCGUGAGGAACAAAGCGGCGGAGAAGGCGAAACACGCGCAUCAGCAACAGCAGGCGCAGCAGCAGCAAGGUCAGCAACAAGGUCAGCCAGGAUCAGGUGGUUCCGUGUCGGUGAUAGCCCAUGCACCUGCAACGGCAGCGGGUCAUCCGGCUGCGACCGCUCCCAACGCUUACAGCAUCAGCGGCAUCCUGGGAAUCCCGGCUCACCAUCAGGAUCCGAAUGGCAACAGCAUCAAGAGAAAACGUACCGACGACGACGACAACCGAGACCUGAACGAUCACCCCGAGGACGACUUGAAAAGACAAAGGAGCACCUACAAUGGCGACCAGCUUUACUCAAACCUGUGGUCGAGUAAAUGGAGCAUCAAGGACGAACACAAACUCUUGAGCGAGCUCGGCGGCGGAGGCGGCGGUGCAACCGGCGGUACGAACGGCGCUGGAACCGGUGGAGGUGGCGGCGGCGGAGGUGGAGGCGGUGGCGGCGGAGGUGGUGGCGGAGGUGGCGGCGGUGGUGGAGGUUACUACGAACACGGAGGAUUCCCCGGGAACGCGAUUGCCACCUCCGCCGAGCUCUACGACUCCCUGGGCACCAUCAGCACGAUGACGCAGGCGCAAACGCCCCAUCUCUACACCCCGCCCAUAGGGGGCACCAUAGCAGGUGGUACUUUGACGCCGCUCGCUCCACUGACGAUGCAAGAACUAAAAUUGAGCCAAACAUUGGACGGGGCUAACAUGUCUCCUUACCACACCAGCGCUGAGAGCAGUACCGUCGCAGUGUCGUAUGUGGGGGUGGGGGCCGGUGGGGGCGAGCAAAGUCCCCCGAUUUCGUUGCAGAACGAGACAAACGCCACCCCCGCGGCCCCAAACACCCCCGGAGGCGAUCCCGGACUGACGGUCUUGCAGCCGCCAGUUUCGCAGCCCCAGGUAGCAUCUGCGAUACCGCCGUACUCCACGAUGCUUCCCAGUUUCGGACAUUACGCCACCGGUGGUGGUGACUACGCGUACAGCGCAGCAUACUCUCAAUAUUCGAGCGCGCCAUACAGUGGCUACGGUUAUGGAGCAGCGACAAGCGGGUUGCUCAACUCCACGUACUAUUACUGUAACGGGGACACGCUGGCGUCUUCCCACAACAAUCCGCAGCAGGGCGGCGGAUGUAACAACGGUGGGCCUGACAACAGCACGGACGUGGCUAGUCGCUCGCCUUUGGCAGCAACCAGGGCGAGCAGCGGCGCGAGCGCAGCUUCGCCGACCGGAAGUGCAUGCACCAAACCGGAUCACACUUCCACGCCGACGGAUCUCUAUCUGGCCUGAUUGAUCGAUGGAGACCAGCUCCGGGCAGAAUGUUUUCCAGGAGUGGAAACAGCAAGCAGCGACGAUGGACGCCAUAUUGCGAGGAACCACGCUGACGACAAGCAAUGAUCUCUUUAUUUUGAACGGCUCGGGAACGGAUUCUAACCGCCCAUCGAUAUCGGGGAAAUACGAUCGGGACAGCGGGCUCGGUGAAACGAACCGCUGUAGACUCGAAUGGAAACCAUGGGGACUGAGUUGAGUCGGCCGAUGGCCAGACACGUACCGGUGUGACACUCUUUACACGAUCGAUUCUCGGCGGACUACGCACGAUCGCCGGAUCGAUACAUUCAAUUUUGUCGAACAUGACAAUCCCGAGAGAGAUAGAGACUUAGACGCUUCACUUGACAAUGGGUAUUAGACGAUUCAACGAUUGUGGUACGCAGCUAAGUAAAUAACACUCGGUGGGCGACGACGACAAAGUCGAGGACAAUGAUUACGAGAAUGAGGAUGGCGAUGAUAACGAUGAUAACGAUCGUGUAUAGAAGAUUAUUGGAACAAGAGCAUCGAGGACGUGCACACAUUGUCGAGAGUAAAUCAGUAAUCGUCUGAUUACUGCCUGUGGCGUCUGAUUCACGAGACUCGCACAACACCGUCUCAACGUCGAUGACUAACGGAGAGAAUUCGAAGACGAACGGCAACAAAUCGACAAGUGUCUGGCCCCCCCAGUCAGCUCGAAGGAGGACAAGGGUGUCGAGCCGCGCGGACGAGACCGCCGUCUUCCCCCGCGGCCUACGCCAACAGUGUCGGUACUCUGUAGAGUGCGUGUAACCGUAGGUAGAUUAAUUUAACGAUCUUCAGUUAGAAUAAUUCUAAGAGUCGGUCACCCCUCCAAAUAUGCCCGUGCAUUCGGACGGUUUUACCUUGAUAGACGGAACACCGGUGAUUGUGGCAAGCAGAUGCAGCUGGGCACAUUUGUCGUCGACGGUAUUUAGAAUGUGUACAUAUAUAUAUAUAAAAUUGAAAAAAACAUAUAUAUAUAUAUAUAUAUAUAUAUAAAUAAUAAUACAUAUACUCGCGUAAACACAGACAGAGUCAACUGCCGAAGACGAUGGCACGUUCUUUCUCCUAAAUAAGCACGACCCUACCAACCCCUAAAACCCCGAAUCCCCUCCAAAAACGACAUAGAGUAUAUGGUAGACCUAAUCGGUAAGUUUAUUGAGAUUUUUAAAUCAAGAAUCGACGGAACGAUCAUUAACUGUUAAGGAUAUUAUAUAUAUUUUUUGUAGAAACCAAAGACCACAGACACUGAUUGCCGAUAUGAUGGUUGCGUGCGUUGCGUAGCUUAGACGGAUGCACAGUUUUUAACGGCGGUUUCGAGCGACAAGUUUACAAAUGUACAGGUCGGAGAUAUACAGUGCAGCAUUUUAAACGCCGUGUGCGAAA